AUGGACAGUGUCGACGACGUAUUCAAGAACGCGGGGCUUCGAAACCAAAACAAAAGGAAGCUUGAUGCCGUGCGCGACCCAAAUGAGAUAUACAAAUCAAGCCGCCUGUCAACCGAUGGCGAUCCGUACCGCCGCGCACGACUCGAAAACUACCAGGCCGAAGACGAAGAUGAGCAGGAUAUCGGGCCAGAGCUGCCACCCGUGGACGACAGCAGCGAAGAUGAAGAGGGGCGUUUCUUUGGAGGUGGUAUCAGCGAGAAGGAGUCGCAGAUCCUCGACUACGUCGAUGAUGCAGACGCUGGCGCUGCGCCAGAGCGAAUUGACUCUGGAUGGCUGCGCAAGACUGUGCUCAACUUCGAAAAGCACAUUGCAAAAAACGCUGAGCUGCGAGCCAAAUUUGAAAGUGAGCCCCAAAAAUUCAUCACAAGCGAAGCAGACCUUGACGCAGACAUCAAAAGCCUCUCAAUUUUGGCCGAAUAUCCCGAAUUAUACGCAGAAUUUGUGAGACUUGGUUGCACCGACAGUCUCGUCGGUCUGCUGACGCACGAGAAUACAGAUAUUGCGAUUGAUGCAAUAGAGAUCAUUGGAGAGCUCACAGACGAGGACGUAGCCGCAGAGGACGCGCAAUGGAACGAAUUGGUCGAUGCUCUCUUGAACGCUGACCUGCUCGACCUUCUCUUGUCCAACCUUUCACGACUCAAUGAAGACAACGAGUCAGACCGAAAUGGUGUUUACUAUUCUCUCGGUAUAUUGGAGAAUUUCUGUUCCAGGAGCCAAGUUGCAGCUCGCAUAGGCAACGAGGAACAUUUGCUACAGUGGCUCAUCCAGCGCAUCCAGCGCAAAGAAGUCAAGGUGACGCAAAAUAAACAAUACAGCGCCGAGGUCCUCGCCCUCGUGGCACAAGCAUCAGAAACUAGCAAAGAGGUUCUUGCUGAGGCCGAUGCAGUAGAUGAUCUCUUACAGCUUGUCGCGCAGUAUCGCAGACGAGAUCCCGCCAGAAAUGGAGAGGAGGAGGAGUAUAUGGAGAACUUGUUCGAGGCCUUGACGUGCAUCGUGGACUCGGACGCGGGCAAGAGCAAAUUUUUGGAAGCAGAAGGCGUUGAGCUCUGCCUCAUCAUGAUGAAGGAAGGGAAAAGGGCCAGAGCACCGGCAUUACGUCUACUUGACCAUGCCGCUUCUGGUGUGUGUGGCAUUAACACCUGCAAUCAGAUUAUCGCGGCUGGAGGGCUGAAAACCAUGUUUACUGCGUUUAUGAAGACAGCUGAGCAUCGAACCGUUGACCACCUUGUCAGCAUUUUCGCAAACAUGCUACAGCGCUUCCCCGCCGAGUCUGCAGAACGCAUUCGGACUCUCGCCAAGUUCGUGGAGAAGGGCUACGAAAAGACUACCAAGUUAGUCGAGCUCUUCUGCGACUACAAAAGCAAAGUUUCUGCUGCUGUGCUACAAGUUGAAGCCAACCGACCACAAUAUGGGAAUGGCGAGGAGCACGCCUAUCAAGUCCUUGCCGCUAGGCUCGAUAACGGGCUCUUUACACUCCAACUAAUUGCCUUAAUUCUCUCAUGGCUUGUGGCAGAAGACAAUGGCGCAAGACAGAGGAUCAAGAAGCUGCUAGCAGAACAUGACGAGCACCUGAGCUCUUUACUAACACUAGUACGAGAGCAACAAGACGGAUUAGACACGAGCGAGAAGGAUAACAAGAAUCUAAGUGUUAUGCUGGGGGCGCUAAUAGAGUUUCUUCAAUGA